ACCCAUUUGAACAAUUGGAAGUAAGCGGCAUAUUCGAACAGGCUGCAUCACUUACGAUUUUCUACUAAUUUCUCUCAAAUAACCGACGUAAGGUGUAAAAAAGGACAUUUCUUCUUGUUUACGCUUUAUGUUCAUGUUAUGUUAUUCUGAGCUAUGAAGUGAUGUGUUGUUGUCACUUUCAUUCACCAUUUUACUAUUCUGUCUCAGACAUAUGUCUUCAAUUAAAAGAAAUCUUCCAUGAGAAUUAAUUGUUUCUGCCGUUUGCUUCAUAUAACCAUCACAACCAGUUUCAUACCUUGAAAAUUUUCCAAUUCUCUCCUCAGAGAUAUUCGUAAUUUUAGCUUGUAUUUUAGUUCUUUCAGUUGUGAUCUAGAUCCAUUUUUAAUUACAAAACUUGGAGUCAUCUAAAUCCAUCUGUUAGUUUGGAGCCAUUUACGAAAAAUUCUGCAACUUGUGGUUAUUUAGAAAAAAAAUGUCUCCGGAGAAUAUGGAUAAUAUUUGCACUCAAGAUAAACUUGUUUCGGCACAAAAAGUUAGUAAAGCAGCUCGUCGUCGUGAAAAACGAGCUGCUCUUCAACAUGCUCAACAGACAGCUGCUUUAAUGAAUAUACAAUCAGAUAGAUCUAAUAGUCUUCGAUCUGUUGAAAUGAAAAAGUUAGAAAAAGAACUUUCAGCCCGUCACCUAUGUUUAUUUGAAGUUCCUUCAGAUGGAGAUUGCCUUUAUCAGUCAAUUGGGCAUCAAUUAAAAAUUCGGAAUUAUCCAUUACACACAUUAAUAGGAAAGAUUGAAAUGUCUAAUCCAGAAAUUCUUAAUGAUAUUACUACCGAUCUGACAAUGAAACAAGUAGUGAAAAUUUUGCGUCAUCUUGCAUCGUAUCACAUUCGCAAAAAUAUGGAUGAUUUCCUACCAUUUUUGUUCAACCCAGAUUCUGGAGAACCAAUGAGUAUAGCUAAUUUUGAACAAUAUUGUGACAAUAUAGAAAAAAUAUCAACGUGGGGUGGACAAAUUGAAAUCCGUGCCUUAUCUACAAUGCUUCAACUUCCUAUUGAAAUAUUACAAGCUGAAGGAGUCCCGUUAAUUAUUGGAGAAGAGUUUUCUGAAGAGCCACCAAUCACUAUUGUAUACCACCGUUACGCGUUCGCUCUCGGUGAACACUACAAUUCCUGUUUAAAGAAGCACGAAUUUCAAUGAUGAUUCUUAAGAGAAGAAUGAUAAAGGACUUCCAUGUAAAUAAUAAUUACUUAACCAUUGCGUAUAUUAUAACUGUGCUAAUAUUAUUAUUUGAUCAAGAUUAACAUUCGUUUUUCAAAGAGAAAGAGACUCUAAAAUGUAAUAUAGUUCCAUUGGGGUUCAAAAUUUAUUUUAUUUAGUAAUAACUCUUUACUGGAAUAAAAUACAACACUGCGGAUUUCACUAUAUUUUGUAAAUGUUCUAAUUUUCGUUGAAAUUUGAGGAGCAUUUCAUUUGUUUUGUAUAUUUCUUGUAAACAAUUUUAUAUAUUUGUGCUGCGACAAUUUACCAUUGUCACCAUAUUAGGGUGGGGAGGCUUUCAAGCCACUAGAUGGUGUAGCUUUAAUGUACUACUAUGUAUCUCUAGGCAAUUGUACUCUCCCAAUUAACUGUAAAUUAGGAUUAAGGCUAGCAGUUAAUAAACAAAUAGAUUCUAUAUGUCCAUUUUAAC